AUGGGCGUUAGUGGUUGUAUGAGCGUGAGGCAGGCUAGGGGCUCCUGUCACUGCCCCGCGUGCCCUAGGGCUUCGGGCCAUGGGGUACAAAUGCCCCCUCAAACGCUCGUACUUCCCCCUAUGGCCUUAGAGCCAGAAACAACCCCUGUUAAGGAUAAAAAGGGAUCGAAAAUGAAGGUCCUCAAGAAAAUUAAGAAAAAAAUCGGAUUGGCACCUCGGACAUCAUGCACAGGAGGAACACCGAACAACCUUCCGCCCCUGGGAUUCCAUUCCGUCCACGGCGAAAACGUCAGGGUCUCAAGGGACGGUUCCAUGGCUCGUCGUGUGGAGUCCUUCUGCAAGGGGGUCGCCUUCAGUGCUAGACCUGUCAGGGUUAAUGAGAAGGUGUGCCUACGCUUCGUCGAGAUUUCAAACAGUUGGAGCGGAGUUAUCAGAUUCGGGUUCACAAACCAUGACCCCGCCACCCUCGCGCAUGCCCUCCCAAAAUACGCCUGCCCCGACCUCACGAACAAACCAGGCAAUUGGGCCAAAGCUCUCGGCGAAAGAUUCUGCGAAAAAGACAAUAUUCUCUACUAUUACGUCAAUUCUUCGGGAGACGUUCAUUUCGGUGUGAACGGGCAAGAUAAGGGGCUGUUCUUCUCAGGAGUCGAUACGCGAAGCCCUCUAUGGGCCCUAGUAGAUGUUUACGGGAACUGCACAGCUGUUCAAUUUGCUGAUCCACGAGCCCCAAGUCAGAGAAGGCAUAGUCCGGUUGAGGAAGAUAGACUAGUAGGAAGCAUGAGGUCUUUAACCAUGGAGGAACCUCUCCCGCCUCCAAGAUACCAAAAUCCCUUAGUACCACUCAGUCUACACAGAACUAAAGGAAGAAAUGUCCAGUUUAUUAACGACAGGGGUAUUGCGGCAAGAGCUGAUGCAGAGUUCUGCCAAGGAUACGUCUUCACAGCUCGUCCUAUGCGUCCAGGACAAACUAUUGUAGUCCAAAUCCUUGCUACGGAAGCAGCGUACGCUGGCAGCUUAGCUAUCGGUCUUACUUCUUGCGAUCCAGCGACCUUAAGACCAUGUGACUUACCUGAUGAUGCAGAAUUACUUCUCGAUCGUCCAGAAUAUUGGGUGGUAAGACGGGACGCUGCGAAUGGUCUUCGGAGAGGAGACGAACUAGCUGUGACCCUCACGUUAGAUGGAGAGGUCCGCGUCAGCAGGAAUGGAUCCACUCCGGUCACAGUUAUGCAUGUAGACCAUACUCUAAGGUUAUGGGCAUUUGUCGACAUCUAUGGAGCUACGCAGAAAGUGAGGAUGCUCAGUACUCAAGUCGUUCAGCAAGCUCAAACUCCUCCACAGCAAUUGAGGGUUUUAACAGGAUCUGCGCCUAUUAAUACGGGGGCCGGUGGCACUGUCCUAGUAGUUAGUCUGCCACCUCAGAAUGGAAGCCAGAAUGCAAAUAAUCAACAGAGCUUGACCCUCGCGAGUGCGCAUUAUAUUGAGCCCAUCCAAACGACAUCACAGCUCUGUCUCACAGGACUACCAAUCAACCAACCGACAACCUGCAACUAUCAACCACAACCACAACCGUCCCGGCCUCGGCCAGACAACCAGUGCUCAUCAACCAGCCAAAACAACCUGAACGAGCAAGCACAACUCCCCAACGGUCACUCAGAACCCCUAAGACUCGCAGAUAGAUUGCAAAAUGGUCCGUCGACCAGUAGGCAUCAACCACUCUAUUCCGUUAUUGGCGAAGGUGCGCAGUCCAACAGUGGAGAGGUAAAGGCGGUGGACAAUGUCCCCUAUGCAGAGCGCAAAUUAAGGACGUCAUCCGAACAUAUAAAUCCUGAUAUGUUAGUUGCCAAAUUCAAUGUUUUAAUCCAAAAAUUUGUAUAUAUCAGGUUAGUAAGGUUAGAUAAACAGAUUCUAGUACUGAAACGAAAAUGGGGUGAUAUUGAUACCAAGAUGUUCUGCGUCCAAGAAAAAGAAAGAGCAUCGUUCUCAUCAGACAAAGAUCCUUUGAGCAUGACCCAAACAGACUCCGAGGAUGAGGAACCGGAGGCAAAGAGGCUAAAAUACUCCCCGUUAAACCUCCAAGUAUACCAGAUACCAACGUUCAACACACCGAAGUCACUAUCCAUAUACCCAACGAAUACAUUACCUAAUUUUGUUAAUAACCCCCUAAAUCUAGCCAAUCCGCUGUCCUUCGCUACAACGAGACCUCAAAACGGUGAAGCUUUGGUCAAAAAUCUGCACAACAGAUAUUCUUUGCCGGCCAAGUUGACUAUAACUCCAGUUGUGAACGGUGAGGUGGUACGGUAUAAGAAGAAUGGUGAAGUGGCCAAGAAAAGAGGCCCCCCCAAGGGGUACAAGAGGAAACCGAAGCCAGAGAAGCUGGAAUUGUCGCAGAGUUUUAAUGGGACUUUGCAGUCAACUACACUACAGACUCAGAACACGAUACUAUCCAGCCUCCUUGCUGCGAACAACACGACUAUAACUGGUGUCUCCGUGCCAGCUCCUGUACUGCCCACCCCAGAACCCGUGGAAGAGAUUAAAGUGCCUGAAGGUACAGAGCUGGUGGAACUGCUCCUAGACCCCGAGGAUUGGUUUCCGACGGAGCCAUACAAGAUGGUCUUCAGCCGCAAGAAGAAUCCGAAAUGGAAAAACUUUCCUUACCAGUGUGAACAUUGUUUUAAAGGUUACCGCGUAGCGUCGACCCUUAUAACUCACGCGGCAGAGCGCCAUGGCUGUGUGCCUAAAGACUUCGCGAUCCCUUGCCCGUGCUGCCCCCAUGUGUCGACGCGCAGGAAACAUCAUAAGAAGCAUUUGGAAACCCAUGAAAGCCGUCGGCAUAGGAUAUUCUGUCUCUAUUGUUUACCACCGCAUGAUCCUUCAGAGCCUUUCGUCAAAGAACCACUGAAAUAUCCCUUCGACAAAUACCCUCAAUUCUGGUAUGCCUCCGAGGAGUCCCUACGGCUUCACAAGAAGAGGAAGCACCCUUACUCCGGCAUGUUCAACGUCAGCUGGUUCGGUACCUGGCGAGACACAAUACCUAACAGCUAAAACAAGGUAUUUUAGUAGCUUUUUAAACCCCCCACACUGGCAACACUCAGUAUUUUUUUACACAAUUUAGUAGUUUUUAUUUUACAUACAACUGGCAACUCUUUUUUGUAUAGGUUAGUGAUUUUUGUGAUUAUUUUAAUUUUAGAACAGUAUUGUUUUAAUUUUUUUUAAGUAGGUGGUAUGUAUGUAAGAAUUUUUGAGGAUGGCAAUAUAGCGUGGUAGGAUUUUUUUGUGAUCGUAAGAAAAGAAAUUCCAAAUCAAGUGAUAUCAUAUUAUGGUAACAUUCUAACAUUAUUCGUAAUUUUGUUGGCAACAUUAAUUUUAAGAUCUUUUACAAUAUAAUUUUAAUAAGACUGGCUUUACUAUGUAUAAGAAUUGAUACAUAUUAUUAUAUAUUUUAUCCUUCAGAUUAAAAUUUCCAAAUUAUAAUAUCCGUCACACACAACUUCGGACAGACUUUCGGUAGGGUCCAAUCCCACUUAUCCAAAAUGAGGAAAUUCUACCUUAACACUUAAGAAAUUUUAAAACCGAUUUUUAAUUAAUUAAAUUAUUUAUUUCGUUUCUGCUAAACAAUUUGCAGAUUUAGGGCUGAUUUUUCAAUAGUCAGUUAUC